CAUCGCAAAGUAAUUUUAUACGCUUUCGAUUAUGGGAAUAUUAUCGAUAUUUGAAAUUGGCACGUUUACAGCUUGCGAUUAAUUGAAAUAAAAAAGAAAAUGGUGCUAGGCAGAAGAAUCUCCCUGCGGGAGUCGUUUAUGGAAAUAUUGACGAGGAGAUCACAGAUUUUGAGUAGACCUACCAGACUGAGAGGAAUCUACCUCUUCCGAGCAACUGUCAGGCUCGUCCUGGAGUUCAUCGAGUGGUUAACAGAAGAACCUACAAUUGAAGAAAUUAGCGACGAUGUUGCUGUUAACAUUAGAAUGGCGCAGCAGAAGAAAAUUGACAAGAAAGCGCUUACCCUAGAGGAUCGUUCCAACUUGUUGACGGACCCAAGAGACAGAACAGAGAAGGAAAGGAAGUACAUAUUGCAAUUGUUCAACAAAUUCCGCGCGUUUAGAAAAUAUCCAGAUCAUCUGAGAGAAUCUUUAACAGGAACGUGCAUGUACCAAUACUUGAGACCAGAUCGCGUGAUCGUGCGACAGGGUCGACAAGCGGAUAAUCUUUAUUUUGUUAUACAAGGAGAAGUCAGUAUAUCCAGAAUAGUCACCGAUCGUUGGACUGGCGAGUCGAAAGAAGUCGACAUGGGCGUUUUGACCGCAGGAGACAUAUUCGGUGAAAUUGCAUUAUUGCACACCGUACCCAGAAACGCAACUGUGACUUCGAGAACUACUGUAGAUUUACUCUUUGUACCUCGCGACAAGUUCGACGAGACUUUGCGUUGCUAUUUGAUGGAAGAAUGGGAUGUCCUGCAGGAUGCACUGGUCCAUUUCAAUUACUUCAAGUCGUGGGAUGCAGAAGCCAUACGAGAAUGUUGCAUUCUCAGUAGAAUGAAGGACUUUCAACCCGACGAAGUUUUGUUAGGCGACUGCAAGGGAAUGGUCAACUACGUGCACUUCGUUUUGGAUGGCGAGUGUCGCCUGAUAGAACACAUCGUUGUUCGCGAACAAUUCUCUGCAGAUAAAGUACAUUAUGAAUUGUACGAUCCAAAAGAUUAUCUUGCUAAAAAAAAAACGAAGAAAGCGUCGGAAAAGACGAAAAUGGCUGAAGAAAAACUGAAGAAAUCAGACUCCAAGUACGACGAUGCUCAGGCAAGCAUUCUCGACGAUGACGAUAGUCGUCAAUCAUCCAUAAACUACAGUCGCAUCGCGUUACCAUCAAGACCAGACAGACAAAUGGAUUUUGAACGUGCCAGCAUUAUUACAACCACGCUUUUGGACGUUAUAAACCAAUGGCAUAAAGUCACCGACGUGGCGGAGAUGCUGAUGAGAGAACCGUCUUCUGUAUCGCAACAAUGUUAUCCUGAAAACGUGAGAACGAUAUUUAUGCAAAUUUGUACGUUCAACAGAGGAGCGUGUUUUGGCUUAGGAGAGAACAUGCACAACAGAAGAAUAGUAUCCACGACGCAUGUACGGUGCUUUUUGAUUCCUCGAUACUUCCUGAACGAACAUAACCGAGCCAAUAUCUGGGAACGUGUGAAACUGUUCAUGGACUCCAAGUAUCCUACAAGAGAACAAUUGUUUAGAGAAUUCGUUAAAAAUCGCAGAUGGUUGAAAUACAAGGAAGACUUAGUUUCUGGUAUAGGCAAACGUGGCCGCCGCAUUCGCAGCAACGUUACCAUGCACGACGUCCCCUAUGCAAUUAGGAUCGUUAACGACGUAGGAGUUUAACAAUUCGUCCUUU